ACCAGGACCCAGGGAGACAACUCAGGGAGUCCCGGACAAGGUUUGGAGUACCUGUCACAUCUUAUUUUCUUUUCACGAGGAAGUGGUGUCCCUUUUUCUUUUUCUUUUCCUUUUCUUUUUAAAUUUAAUUUCGGGGAAGGGGCAGAGGUUACUUUUGGGAACAAGCAGUGUUCAUCUUUGACUCAGAUGGAUCGCCCCCUCCAAGAUGCACUCAUGGUUCGGCCCUGUGGGGUUCUGGGUCUGAGGGUGUCAGAAGGUUUGGAGGCACUGACGCAGGCCCCUGCUCUCAGGAUGCAAACCGACGGAAACUUUCCUUCUGAAAUGCCCUUUGCAGUCUAUGGCUAUACCACCCUGAACACACCCGAUCUCGUCUGAAAUGCUCUUUGGAGUGCUGCUUCAUUUCGUUUCUCGGAAUUUAGCACACUAGCUUGGUAUUGUCUCUGAAUCUCCAAAUUGUAUAUAAAAGUGGUCCUGCAAGCCUGUAAUUCCAGCACUAGGAAGCUGAGGCGGGGGGGCGGGGGUCACAAGUUAUAGCCCGGCCCGGGUGACUUAGUAACUAAGUGAGACCUUGUCUCAAAUUAAAAGCAAGCAAGCAAGCAGGCUGGGGAGGUAGCUCAGUGUGAAGGCCCUGGGUUCAAUCUCCAGCCACUGGGGAAAAAAGUGGGUUUAUACAUUCAUUCCUUUGAGGAGGCUGCCCAUCGAUUUAGUUGAUUCUCCCAAAGACUAAAUAACUAAAACCACAGCUUUGGGGUUCAUCGACAUGCAAGUCUUAAUAGAAGUCUUAGCAGUCUUGCAGCUGAGUUACAGAUUCUUAUUUGAAAGGGGAUUGAGAGAAGAGCUGAGAGGCAUCUAGAAGGGUUGGGGAGAGGAUUUCUUCUGUGUCACAAAAGGACAGCACUCAGCCCUGCCACAGAUUUUCCAGGAUAAGUAUCGUCUGUUUCCGCCUGAAAGGAACCAGGUGAGUUUGCACAUAUGUGACUAGAAAACCAAGGGGCAUCUUUGUGAAUGAAAGAAAGUUCAUAGUUUCUCCAUAGAUGCAGCACUUCUGGUGACCGUUUGGAGAAGGCGGAGCACGUAGAGGGUGUUUACCUCCAGAGUCCAUCAGCAGUCUGGGAUAAGGAGGAGAGAGCUGGCUGUGAAUCCGGCAGUGGAACAGCAACUGAAAUGCCCAGGGGAGUUACUUCUCAUUGGAUUCCUAUUGCCAAACGGAACUCUCCUGUUUUAUUGCAAAAUGAAAGGAGGAGGCAACUAUGAAUGAGCCACUAGACAGUUUAGCAAAUGCUUCUGAUUUCCUCGAUUAUACAGCUGCUUUUGGAAAUUGCACUGAUGAAAAAAUCCCAUUCAAGAUGCACUACCUCCCCAUUGUUUAUAGCAUCAUUUUCAUCGUGGGCUUCCCAGGGAAUGCAGUGGUGAUUUCCACUUACAUUUUCAAAAUGCGCCCCUGGAAAAGCAGCACCAUCAUCAUGCUGAACCUGGCCUGCACUGACCUGCUGUAUCUAACCAGCCUCCCUUUCUUGAUUCACUACUAUGCCAGUGGUGAAAACUGGAUCUUUGGGGAUUUUAUGUGCAAGUUCAUCCGCUUCGGCUUCCACUUUAACCUGUACAGCAGCAUCCUCUUCCUCACUUGUUUCAGCAUCUUCCGCUACCUUGUGAUCAUUCACCCAAUGACCUGCUUUUCCAUUCACAAAACUCGAUGGACAGUGGCAGCCUGUGCUGUGGUGUGGAUCAUUUCCUUGGUGGCUGUCAUGCCCAUGACCUUCCUGAUCACAUCGACCACCAGGACCAACAGAUCCGCCUGUCUUGACCUCACCAGUUCGGAUGACCUCGCUACUAUCAAAUGGUACAAUCUAAUUUUGACUGCAACCACUUUCUGCCUCCCCUUGGUGAUAGUGACGCUUUGCUAUACAACCAUUAUCAACACCCUAACCCAUGGGCCUCAGACUCACAGCUGCCUUAAGCAGAAAGCCCGAAGGCUGACCAUUCUGCUACUCAUUGUAUUCUACAUAUGUUUUUUACCCUUCCAUAUCUUGAGGGUCAUUCGGAUUGAAUCUCGCCUGCUUUCCAUCAGCUGCUCCAUCGAGAAUCACAUCCAUGAAGCUUACAUCAUUUCUAGACCAUUAGCUGCCCUGAACACCUUCGGGAACCUGCUACUCUACGUGGUGGUCAGCAACAACUUCCAGCAGGCCAUCUGCUCAUCAGUGAGAGGCAAGCCUAGUGGAGACCUUGAACAAUCAAAGAAAGUCAGUGGCUCAAUCAACCCUUAAAAUACUCCACUUACUCAAAUAGAAAAGGCUGUUGAUUCUUUAUCUGUCAUUGCUAACACGUCCAGACUGCUUCCCUCAAUGGAAUUCCUAGCAAAUACUGUGAAUUUAGGUUAUUCUAUGCCAAAGCCAAGGGAGAGGCUACUAGUUCUUUGCAAAUGUUUGUUGAGUUCCUCCUGUGGUAGAAAUAAGAAUAAGAUGCUUAUCAGUAAAGUAUUCGAGCAUACAAUUACCAACUAUUGGAACUCAGGGCAUCUGUUUCUGCCAACUUGCAUGGAAACUAAAGUUCACACACUAAAGUUCACAGAUCACUGAUGGCAAACCUUUUAGAGACAGAGUGCUCAAACUGCGACCCAAAAUGCACUUACUAAUCGCAAAGUGCCAACGCUACAAUUAAACGCGAAUGCUGAGGUUUUAGUUUAGAGAAAACAGCUCCUAUAUUAACAUCUUUUGUCUUAAAAGAAAAACACAGUAAUAGAGCUCACAGUGAUACAAACAAUUUUUUAUUGAAAGGUAAAAGUUUCCACUUGGCGCCCUUUUGCACAAGCAAUGUGACCUUUGCUGUUGCACACAUGCUGAUAAUUCCUCAGACCUUGGCUACGGUGAGUCGGCUCCUGUGCUGACAGAGAGGGAGAGCUCUGUGCCCCUGGGGCAGCACGCAUGCCAUAGGUUUGCCAUCACUGCCCUAGGUCUUCCACCAAAUUAGUGCCAAGGUAGAACCCCCCCAAAAUAAUUUUCUUUAUCCAGUCUCCAGUUGAUGGGCAAUUGGGCUGUUUCCAAGUUUCAGCUGUUACAAACUGUGUGUGUACUACUCAGCCAUAAAGAAUGAGAAACUAGAGACAUUUAUAGACAAGUGGAUGCACCUCGAGACCAUACUCUUAAGUGAA